UGGUUGCAGUCUAUCAUCUACUUACAAACCUCCAAUAAAAGUAUUAUCUUGGAGAGGAAUCUGGAUGAAGGAAACGUGAAAGAAAUUCCUAUUACCCACCAUGUGAAAGAAGGGUGUGAGAAAGCAGAUCCUGCACAAUUUGAAUUACUUAAGGUUCUUGGUCAGGGAUCAUUUGGAAAGGUUUUUCUUGUGAGGAAAAUAAUUGGUCCUGAUGCUGGGCAGCUUUAUGCAAUGAAAGUGUUGAAAAAAGCUUCUCUAAAAGUACGAGAUAGAGUUCGUACAAAGAUGGAGAGAGAUAUAUUAGUAGAAGUAAAUCAUCCAUUUAUCGUCAAACUGCACUAUGCCUUUCAGACUGAAGGGAAGCUAUAUUUAAUAUUGGAUUUUCUCAGGGGAGGAGAUGUGUUCACACGAUUAUCCAAAGAGGUUAUGUUUACAGAGGAAGAUGUGAAAUUCUACCUCGCAGAAUUGGCCCUUGCUUUGGAUCAUCUACACAGCUUGGGGAUCGUAUACAGGGAUCUGAAGCCAGAAAACAUUUUGCUUGAUGAAGCAGGACAUAUCAAGUUAACAGACUUCGGACUCAGCAAAGAAUCAGUAGAUCAAGAAAAGAAGGCCUACUCUUUCUGUGGUACUGUAGAAUACAUGGCACCUGAAGUAGUAAACAGGCGAGGCCACAACCAGAGUGCUGAUUGGUGGUCAUUUGGUGUUCUCAUGUUUGAAAUGCUUACUGGUACACUACCAUUUCAAGGUAAAGAUCGAAAUGAAACUAUGAAUAUGAUACUGAAAGCAAAACUUGGAAUGCCACAAUUCCUUAGCCCUGAAGCUCAAAGCCUUCUAAGGAUGUUGUUUAAAAGGAAUCCAUCAAAUAGAUUAGGAGCAGGUUCAGAUGGAGUUGAAGAAAUCAAGAGACAUCCUUUUUUUUCAACAGUUGAUUGGAAUAAACUGUUCAGAAGAGAAAUUCAGCCCCCAUUUAAACCUGCUUCUGGUAAACCAGAAGAUACUUUCUGUUUUGAUCCAGAAUUCACAGCAAAAACCCCAAAAGAUUCUCCAGGAGUUCCACCAAGUGCUAAUGCACAUCAGCUGUUCAAAGGAUUUAGCUUUGUUGCAACUACUGCUAUAGAAGAUCAUAAAAUCUCACCCCUCACCAAUAUAUUGCCAAUAGUACAGCAACUUCAUGGAAACAGUGCACAGUUCACUGAUGUGUAUGAGCUGAAGGAGGAUAUUGGAGUUGGCUCCUAUUCUGUUUGCAAACGAUGUGUGCAUAUAGCUACCAACAUGGAGUUUGCUGUCAAGAUAAUUGACAAAAGUAAGAGAGAUCCCUCAGAAGAAAUUGAGAUUUUGAUGCGCUAUGGACAACACCCGAAUAUUAUUACUUUAAAAGAUGUGUAUGAUGAUGGCAGAUGUAUUUACUUGGUUACUGAAUUGAUGAAGGGAGGAGAGCUGCUUGAUCGGAUUCUCCGACAAAAGUAUUUCUCGGAACGAGAGGCUAGUGCUGUAUUGUAUACUAUAACUAAAACAGUUGACUACCUUCAUUGUCAAGGAGUAGUGCAUAGAGACCUUAAACCGAGUAAUAUUUUAUAUAUGGAUGACUCAAGUAAUGCUGACUCUAUCAGGAUUUGUGAUUUUGGAUUUGCAAAACAACUUCGUGGAGAGAAUGGACUUCUUUUAACCCCUUGCUACACUGCCAACUUUGUAGCACCAGAGGUUCUCAUGAGACAGGGAUAUGAUGCUGCUUGUGACAUCUGGAGCUUAGGAGUACUCCUUUACACAAUGCUUGCAGGCUAUACUCCUUUUGCCAAUGGUCCCAAUGAUACUCCUGAGGAAAUCCUAUUACGAAUAGGCAGUGGAAAAUUCUCUUUAAGUGGAGGCAACUGGGACACUGUUUCAGAUGCAGCAAAGGACUUGCUGUCCCAUAUGCUUCAUGUAGAUCCACAUCAACGAUAUACAGCAGAGCAAGUAUUAAAACACUCGUGGAUAGCCUGUAGGGACCAGUUGCCUCAUUAUCAACUAAACAGACAAGAUGCACCACAUCUAGUUAAGGGGGCUAUGGCUGCCACAUAUUCUGCACUGAAUCACAAGACAUUUCAGCCAGUCUUAGAGCCUGUCGCAGCUUCAAGUUUAGCUCAACGACGGAGCAUGAAAAAGCUAACUUCAACAGACUUAUAGAUCCACUGGGGCAUCUUUAGCCAAACUAGAGCAAAGGAAAAUCCAAUAAGUGUCUCUAUAUCUGCCUGACCUGUGAUCGAAAGGCAUAUAUGGUUUCCUGCUACACUACUUGAAUUCUGUAAAAGUCCUUUUUUUAAAAGAAAAAAAAUCCACAUGUUCAGGGGGAUUCUCACUGUGUUGUUUUACAGGCGGUGUUCAUCUUUAUUUAAGUUAAACAUCAGGGUACAUCACAAAGCUCAUAAGGAAUUUCUGUACAUGGUCCUUUUAGAGAUUUGUUGCAGAUAUUCUUUACAUACUGUAUAGUUUUGCUGUGUUCAUAAAUAAAUGGUUUAGGGGACCAUUAUCAAUAAGAAAGUUGUGUGUUAAAAAUGUCAGUGUCAGUAUUUUUACCAUCAGCCCCAUUUUUAAAAGAUCAACAAGUUCUUAUUUAAAUUACUUUGUAAUUGGGCGCUUAGCAAUGGACUCCAUUUAACUCACUGAUACCAGACGAUAAGACUGACCCUCUUAUUGUGCCAGUGCAAAAUGCAUUAGUGCUAAUAUGGGAGACCUACACUUGCCUGGUGUCAAGAAUUGAGAAGGUUUGUGUACAAAUAUUAAAAAAUGGUGUGCACCUGAGAGAUUACACUUGGUCUAUAAAAUUUAAAAUAGUCACUUGUGGACUUAGCAACUGGAUAACAAGUGACCUUGUUUAGGGAAUGGGUGUAUCUGAUGUUGGUAUGUAUUUCUAUCUGAAGUUAAAAGCUUUUGGAAACACCCCCUACAUUGAACAUAAAAGAUCUUAUUGUGUUCUGUACUGAGCUAUGAAAAUGAUUAUAUUUAUAAGUCAUUAAGAGUGAGAGACUGAAUAGUAUUGAUACUACUAUAGAUAAUACGACAUUUCCGAGUAGUCCAUAUGCUUUACUUAUUUAUCCUUCUGUCACUUGACUGAAUUAUGCCUCUCUCUGUUCCAUGAAGAAUAGGACUUUACCACUGCCUUCCAUCUUAGACAGUCUGUUGCUGCUAUCUUAGCUCUUCCCAUAUAAUUUUGAUAGCUUUCUAUAUUGGUGUUUCCAUGUUAUCCUUGGCCUAUCUUGUUUCCUCUUGCCUUGGGAAUUCCAUGCAACUCCUGUCUUACGUUGUUUGGGUUUUUCCUCCAUGUAGCCAUCUUUUAUUCAUUUUUGUUCCAUAAUUUCCUGGCCCUUGUUUUAUCAUCCCUGAGAGUUGUAUUUUUUCCCUGGUCUUCCGAUAUAGAGAAUUUGUUGAAGGCAAUUGUUUAAUGAAAACGAUAGUAAGGUCUUAAAUCUCCAAGCGUCAGUACCAUUUAAAACUGACUUGACAAAAUUGUUCACUAUUCAAAAUUUCAUUCGGAGGGCAAGAUUACUCUUUCUUCAAGUCAGCAUUAGUUAUGAAGGCAUGUCUAGUUUUUGCAAUUCUGUCUUUAAUGUCUGUUUUACCUGUUGUACUUGAUAUGUGAAAUAUUGGAACUAGUCUGUCAGGCCCAGAAAGUGUUGUCGAUGUUGUUUUUUGUGUUACUUUUGAACCUUACUGAUUGUGUAUAGGCUCAAAGAUCAUUUGUUUCAGCUUGCAUGUCUCUGGGUAUGAGAUAGCAAGUUGAUGUCAUCUGUAUUUGAGAUCUUCUAAUUUGUGUGAAAGUCCAUUGUAUGCUGCUUGAUUGUUUUGUGGUCUUUCUCAUUACUCAAUGCACUACCAGUAUAAAGAUCAUGGGUGUCAUAAGGCAUCCUUGUCUGCUGCUGGUAAUAAUCUCAAAUGGCUUAGCUCUUUGUUACGUAUUACUUGGCAAGUCAUAUUUUUGUAGAAGCUCUGUGUGAUCACAGAUUUCUGAGGGAUUUCAUAGCGGCCAUAGCAACUUUCAUAAAGCUGCUCUAGCCGCUAUGUCAAAGGCUGUCCCUUAGUACAUGGCUCUCCUGCUGUAUGUGGAUUAUAUUGCUGUUUCUUUGAGUUUUUCUGUUGAAGAGCAGUAUGUUCAAUGUUAGCUUAUCCUAUAUUGUUAGGUAAACUGAUAUUUCAUUGUAGCAUAUUUGCCACAUGGUUUUUAAUAGUUUUAUUUAUUUAAAUAUAUGUAAGUGUUCCUAUCUACAUCCCUUUACACGUGUACAAAUAUUAGAAAAGAUAAAUGCAGAGACUCAUGACCCUUUGAAAAACUUUGAAUAACUACAGGGGAAGCCUGAGGAAAAAAUGUAAGCCUUCUAGUGUGCCCUUAAGUCAGUAGGUACAGGUCUUUGACCAAAGAGGGAGGAAUAGGUUCCACAAUUGUGGACGUCACUGGUGCCAUCUCUCUCUGUUUGAACCUAGGCAUUUAGCUAAGUGCCUCAGCUGAUCUGAACUACUUUGGUAUAUCAGUGAGAGUAUCUAGAUCUGCCAGGUAGGUCCCAAAUCAUUGUAGGUUUCUAAAUUUUCUAAAUUAAAAUCAAUACUUUGAAUUGUGCCUAGGGGUGAACCAGAAAUUAGUGUAGUCUGUAGUGAUUGUGAUCAAAUACAUCAUUUUAUGAAGCUUCAGACACUACUACAUAGUUCUAAUAUAGUAGCAUAAUGAACAUUUUAAAUAUUAGGAAAGUUAACUAGUGACCUACAGCUAAAUUUGAACAUACUGAGAUUCAUUAUGACUAAAACUCAAUUGUUGUCCUGACUUAUCUAUCAUUGAAUUUUUGAUCUCAUAACAUUUUUAUAGCAAAUGACAAAAUGUUAAUCCAGAGGGUGGGUGGGGGGACUUUGCACACUGGGAUGGUACAUUGGUGUGAGGCCUUUCAGGGGAGGAGUUCUGGAAUAACAAAAGUUAGCAGUAACACAUUCUAAAAUGUGGAGGGGACUUUUUGUUGAUACAUAGGAAGUCAUUGGGAGUACUAUAGGUAUGCUGCUAGUUACUUUUUAUUGUGCAAGAGGUAGGAAUUUUCUUACUGAACAAUUAAGUGUUUUAAGUUAGGAUGCUUGUAGGUAUGGGAUUGAAUGAAUAUGAAGAAUGUGUAUACUAGUUUAUCAUGCAAGUCAUGCCUACUACUCAAUUUAUUGGGUAUAAUACAUCUUGGAAACAUUAGGGCCUGUUUGUACCUAAUUUGAGGUGCCUGUUUUGAAAUGCUUAAAAGAUAAGAAAGCACGUAGCUGCCAUAUGGAAAACAUACUACUCAGAAAUAAUUCUGCAUCUUACAUGCAUCUUGCAUUUUUAUUAUUAUAGUCCUUUGCUUGCAAGUAAGUACACUUCUGCAUAUUUCCUACCUAAUAGUGUAUUUUCAUUUGUAAUGUUAAAUUACUUUUAUCAAAAUUGAGAUCACAAAAGAUCAGACUCUGGAUGGAGAUAGAGAAAAAGCAUAUUUAAAAACAAGGAUCCAGAAAUAAUGCAGAUUUUAAUGUUGGUAAUAAAAAUGUGUGUGUGGGGGGGAGGGGGAACAUCUAAGAUGCUAAGCUUAAUUGUCUUCAAUUUUUUUCCUCAAAGUGGCAACUGGUCUUUUUUUGGCUUUAUUCAUGAGUGAUUUAGUCUCCAUUGCAUUGGUGUUUUCAUUUAAUUUGUUCAGAACCACCAUGCAAUAAGCAUUUUAUAAGAAUUAUGUACUAAAUCAGUAAUAAGCAGACCAAAAUAUUUAGCAUGCAAUGGUAUCUUUCUGGUGUGAAGGAUAGAGUUAUAAAGAGGAAAAUGUGCAGACAUAUACUGAUUGGUGAACACGGAAUUUAGAACACUUUGUAAGUCAGUCCUGUGGUUUAGAUAAGAACAUCUAUAAGCUCUACUGCAAGUGGCACUUCUAUGACAAAAAUGUUUCCCUGGUUGCACCAUUACAGGAAUAACCUUUUCAUAGAGACUAGCUGUGUAGACAAUAUCUUAGUUAUAUUUGACAUAAAUAUCAGGCAUACAUGGCAUGUCUGUUUCCACUUUCUUGGGAAGAAUGCACCCUUAUCUUAACUAGUGCAAACAAAAUCCUGUCUAGGUACUUACAUUUCAUUGUGUCAGCAGUCUUUCCGUAUCUGUGGGUAUUGCUGGAAUCCAAAAUAAAGUUUCAUCUUUUUAUUUGCAGUGUUUCAAGACAAUGCUGUUUGGGGGGUUGAGCUGAUUUUUCUCACUUUAAAGGAAAAUGUCAGUUUUGCAGAAUUUAAAAGGAAUUUAAAAGAAUGUAAAAGGGUGUACAACAUGAAUUCAUGAGUACUUUGUUUAAAAAUGAAGAUAAUUAGUUAUUUGAGUCUGUUAGAAGGGGCUAUUGAAAAGUUUUAAUUUGGGUCACAUACAUAUAGCUACCACACAAUCAAAGAUUAUAGACUGGUUAGCAUUUUAUUGUGGGUUCUGGCUUAAAAAUAAGAGACCAUAAUGUAGUGAAUUUUUUACUUUAAUCCUUAAGUCCUUUUAAAUACAGAAUGGAGAACUACUUCUAUAUAGGGAUUUCUGUAGUGCUAAUUACCAUCCUAUAUAAUAUGAUCCAACAUAUAUCAAAUAUCAUUUUCCAGUAAGAAGCCUGCCAACACACAGUCUCAGUAGUAUUUUUGUAAUAAAAGCCUUUGUUUUCAAAUAGAUAUUCACGCAGAGCCUGAUCAGCAUCCACUGAAGUGGCAAGACUCCUUUUGACUUCAGUGUGAACAGCAGCAGAUCUAUAUAUAGUAAAAGGUGUCAUGUCUCUUGCGUGGUGAGAUUGUUUCAGUGAAGCACUGAUUGUUUGUAAAAUGUGAAACUCUUCAAUGUGCUCCUGAUCCCAUUACUCAGAAGUUGUGGUGGUACCAACAGUAGAUUUUGCAGAAUCAGAUAUCUUAGGGAGGAGCUUUCAGCGUGGGCAGAUUUGUCUUAAGACAACAUGUCUUGGUUAUUGGGAUCUGUUACAGAAUACAGGAUUAUGUGUUUCCUUUGUGCUCAAAGGGAGAGCAUUCCUUUGGCCACACACAAUUGUGGCCAAAAUACUGGUACCACUGCUCUAUAGCUUAAAUGUUCUGCUUAGUGAGCGCUUGCAGAGAACUCAUCUCAAACAUCUCAUGGAUAUGAAAAUGAAAGCAAAUUCUACACCAGUCAGCUUUUACCUUUAGACUUCUAGUUACGGAGCUGAAUUAUCCUUACCCUUGUCUUUUUAGCAUUGAAAAAAUUUAUUAAAACAAACUUAUGCACUCACUGUAUAUUGUAAGAGUUGAAAAAAAUAAAUGAACUGAAACAUUCAAUAAUUAAUACUAUUUCUAGAAAAUUGUAAGAGGUAUUUUAACAAACAGUAGAAACGUAAUUCAUUGUAUGCAUAUCUGUUCAUCAGUGCAUUGCAACAGGUUGCUAUAACAUCAGAGCACUUAAUUUAAUUUUUUUUCUGGAUGUUGCAAUUGGAGGCGGGGGGGCGGAGAGCCUGGAAAGAUUAAGACUUAAUUGCAUAAAUUUACCAGCAUUGUGGUGAUUAUCCACUCUUAGUCAACAGAAUGCAGCUAAAAUAACCACUCAAACAGGGUUACAUGCACUACAAUGACAGUUAACAUUCUUUAGUCCCAGCCAAAAAUGAAGGCAUGCAUGUGUUUAAAAAUAUUUUUGAAGUUAUUUUUAGUGUGUUUAACCUCCUGUUUUGUUUGAUUGUAGUGGUAAAGUUAGAGGGUGAGAGGGAAAUCCUUUAGUCACAAUACCACAGGAACAAUAUAUUUGACAGAAUAGUUGAUCCACAAUGACUUAUUUAAAGCAUUCAUACAUGUUACCAAGUGUGUGUAUAUAGAGAAGACAAACAUUGUACUUUGUUAUAUACCACACUUUAUUAGCAACUGUUCAAUUAAGUGCACUCUGAAUAUAAACUGUUCUUAUUUCUAGCGUAUCUUAAUAUUUGCUCCCAAACGAUAAUAUUUUCCUGACUGUUGAUGAACCUGCAUGUUUGUGUGAAUAUGAAUAAUAUGGAAAUUAAAUUGAGGAAAUGCAGCUAUAUGGCUAAAACUGAAUAGUAGAGUAACUAGCCUUUAAAAAAACCUUUUAUAAUACAAAUCCUUGUUUCUAUGAGGGUUUUUUCUGUGUAAGGAAAGCAAAUCCAUUCCUUAAAAUAAGUUUUGAAAGCUGUAGGUAGAGGAUCUUAAAACUAUAAUUGGCAAAUAUUAUUAAGUAUGUUUCAGAAAUAAUCCUUCAGACAUUAAUUUAACCUGUUUUUGUUAGGAUACUGAAAAAAUUCCUUUUCAGGGCAAAUUGUUCUUAUAAUAUGUAUGUUGCAUUAGGGUUAUGACCAUUUUGCUAACUAUUGCAUUGCAUUGUUACAGUUUCCCAAGCACUUUGGCAUUCUUGCACUGAUACUCUGUUUAUAGCUAAAGCUGUUUCGGCAUGCAACUGGGCAUAAAUCUCACUAUAUGAAAGGGCAUUAAAGCUAAAACAAAGUGUGCAAUUCAAUUAUAUGCUAUAUGAGGUACUUCAAAGAGGAACUAUACAAAAGGUCCCCAUUGUCAGAUAUUGUAACUAUCAUUUCCUUCUCUAAACAUAUUGUGGAUUUUGUAUCAUAUUGUAUUUAUUUCAUUUUUUAAAAGAUGUUUUCUUUAAAGCUCUGUAUAUAUUGACAUUAAAGUUUGCCUUGUACUACAUUCUUCUCCUUGUAAGGCUGAAUCCAGUAGUGCAUUAUACAGCAUGUAUUUUUUCUUUUGCACUAUGCUGCUAAAUAUUACUCUCACGUUGAAUUACAACAUGCCAAAGAUGACUUAGAAAUUGUAUUUAUUUUCAUUAAAAGAUUAUGCAUAAUUAUAAAGGGACGGAUUUAAAUAGCUGGCAGUUCAUUGGGUACUAAAAAAAUGUGUACAUUUAUAUUUUAUAACUGACCAAAUGUGAUCAUAUGUGAUUCAGAAACUUUCACAGCCCAUUUUUAAUUUUAAAAAAGUGAGCCAACUUUCAUAAAACAAUCUAUGCUGUGACUUGCACUGUUUAUUGAGCCUGCCUUGCUAUAUAUUUCAAGCACAAAUCAAGGGCCUGUCGUUGUAUAUUUGUAAUCACAGCACAGUGUUUUAAUGUGUAUAUUAAACACUUUAAAAACAUAGUUACACAACAGAUCUGAGUGAAAUGUGAACUUAUGGUGGGAUAAGCCCUCAUUUCACUUGGUUUUGGUAUUUUUAUUGUGAGUUUCCUGGUAGUUCAAGAAAUCCUUUUAAUACUCUACAGCAAAGAUACUCAAUUGUCAAGGCCAAGAUGUCUGGGUCUAGACUCCAGAGAAAAUCAUUUAAAAAAUAAUAAUUAAAUAGAUAUGGAGGGCCAUUCACAAGUGUUUGGGUGGUCCAAAUUUGUUGCACAGAGCACCUAUUGACUACCUCUGCUCUGACUAACUUUCUCCCAAAGGCUUUGAUCCUCUAAAUUCUCAUGGACAUACUUAAUUCAGGCAUGAGAAACCCUGCUGAAACUAGUGGGAUCUAGUCAAGUGUGAAAGUUAAUUAUGGAAAUCAUUGUUUGCCAGAUGAAGAUCUUAGAGCUCAAAUAGCAAUCCAUGCUUAUUUUAAACUGAUUACCAAUGCAAUCUCUUUGAACAAUUUGCCUGGCUCAUAGAUGAGAGGGCCAUUAUUGCAGUAGCAAUUACAGUUAAAAUAUUCACAUAGUAAUGGAUAUGUUGAAUACCACAGUGUACAGUAUUUCACAUCAAAUUAAGAAUAUUUAAAUAUUUGACUUGUGUGCAAUGUAGUUGUAGCCAUGUCAGUUCCUUGAUAUUAGAGAUACAAGGUGGGUGAGGUUCUGUCUCUCACUACACCGUCUUGUAUUGUUGAGAGCCACACAGAGAUCUGCUUCAGUUCUGGGAACGGUACUCUGAGCAUCAUUGUUAAAUGCAAGGUGGACUAGAUGAUAGCUUAAGUAGUUUUGUAAGGAAAGCAAGAGUGGCCUGUUAACAUUGCUGCAAGCUGUAGGAAAUAGAGGAGGUUAGGCUUUUUCUAUGGUGGUAUUUUUGUUGAUCAGAUUUGUGUUCCUUUUCACUCCCCCAGACCAGCAUAUGUUUCACCCACAAAAGUGGACAGUGCUAUAUUGACAGAGGUGGUUUAAUUCUGUAGGCAGCUGAGUCCUCUCCCGCCAGCAAAGAGUGGCUACAUAGUUCCUACAGCAGCACAGUUAUAUUCCUAUAGCUGUGUUAUUGUAAAGACCAUAGUGUAACCUUAUUGCAGUUGUUUUCAAACUUCUUAGGCUUUGUCCUUUUUCAAAUAAUGUAGCUUACUUCAUAUCCUCAUCUGAGAUACCAGAGGCAGCGUGGGGGACUAUGCCGGUGCAUGCAGUAGCAACGAUUUGUAUAAUGAGGGCGCUGAAAAACAUUUGAGCAUAAGUAAAUGUUGCAUAUGAUGGAAAUCACUUUUAAGUCAAUGGUGCUGCUGCCAUUUGCCCCAAAGAUUGCAGCUUUCUGUUUAGGAACAGCCUCUAGCGGUUUUCAAACUGGGAUGUGCUCCUCAAGGGGGCUAUCAAGGCUGUUCCCUGCUCUAGCACUCCAAGUACAGGAGAAGAGGACCCGCAAAGGUUCCAAAAAAAAAACCAAACUUUGCCUCUACAGACACUGGUUACAAAAACUUUACCCCAGAAUCACAAUACACAGAUUUGGUGGAAUCGCUGCCACCAUCAAGUGAUUUCUAUUCCUAAAAAACUAGGGGUGAACACCUGAACUCACCCCCAUGGGUACUCCAAACUCUCUUGCUCUAAAAGAGCUUUAAAAAAAAGAGGAAAACAAGCUGCAGUCUCUGGUAGCUGACCCUUCAGUCUGAGGC